AUGGCCGACUCUGUCGACCGAGUCUUUGUCCAUGCGCUCAACACCGUCAAGAAGAUCCCCAAGACGGGGGCCACCCGGCCCCCGCCCGCAGACCGCAUGCGGCUCUACGGUUUAUACAAGCAGGCCAUGGAGGGCGACGUGGACGGGGUCAUGGAACGCCCAUCUACAAAGUCGGGCAUACCAGCUGAGGAACUGCGGAGGGAGCAGGACAAGUUCGACGCGUGGAAUUCGCAGAGGGGUAUCGGACGGACCGAGGCUAAGAGGCGGUAUAUCGAAGCAUUGAUCGAAACGAUGCACACAUAUGCCACAACACCAAACGCUACAGAGCUUGUCGACGAGCUCGAAUUCGUCUGGAAUCAAAUCAAGAAUAAUAGCCCGACAUCGUCGGAGACCUCGCCUCGGAGUGCUGCCGCUGCGGAAGAUACGGCCCCCGUCCGGACGUUCCAGCAGCCCCUUAGCGGGACAGAAGGCCCGAUGAAGAUCCUGAGCCCCAUGAGCGAAGACCAAGAGGCUGAGCACGACUACCAGAGGCGCAUAGCAGAAGAGGAGGAAGACGAGGAAGAUGGAGAGUACGUCAAGAAAGGAGAUAGGUGGUCGAAGAAGAUGGAGCGCGCCAUCGUCCGAUUAUCAGCAGAAAUCGCAGCCCUACGGGAACAAAUCACCUCGGGCCGGGAGUGGAGAUCAAAGCGGGAGAGGAGCCCCGGGGCCUGGCUGAGCUGGUUCUUCUGGCUGAUCACAAAACACUUUGCCAUUGAUUUGGUGAUCCUCGCCAUCGUUUUGAUCUGGAUGCGGAGGAGAAAAGACCGAAGACUCGAGGACCAUGUCCGGGCGGCGUUGCGGAUAGCACGGGAAUAUAUCAGAAAGGUGCUUCCGUCUAGGUGA